GAGACACUCAAAAUACAACCAUUUUUUGGCGUGUGUGAGGCAAACGCAAGCCGCUUGAUAAUCUAAAAAAAGUAAGCGAGCAGUGAAACGUUUUAAAAGACACGCACGCCCGGCAUCAUUGCAUUUUUACGUUUGUGAAAAGAAAACGAGAGAAAAAAAACAUGUCUGACGAAAAGAAGGGCGGCGAAACCGAGCACAUUAAUCUGAAAGUACUUGGCCAGGAUAAUGCAGUGGUCCAAUUUAAAAUAAAGAAACACACACCCUUACGCAAACUGAUGAACGCCUAUUGCGACCGUGCCGGACUCUCCAUGCAGGUGGUGCGCUUCCGUUUCGAUGGACAGCCGAUCAAUGAGAACGAUACUCCGACCUCGCUAGAGAUGGAGGAGGGAGACACUAUUGAGGUUUACCAGCAGCAGACCGGCGGCGGCGGCGGCAUUGUCGAUGUUUAUUAAAUCUAAUAUAUAUAAUACUUGUAUGAAUGUAGUUAAGCUAGUUACUCUUCAUUUUUACGACAACAAAACAACAACAACCACAGCGCAAGCAGCAGAUAAACAACAGCGAGAAAUAUUCUACAUAAAUAAAAACAACACACAUGAAAAUUUCCAUUCAGUUCCGUUUUGUUUGUAAAAACCAGAGAUGAAAACAACUAAAAGGAGUAUAUUCCUCUCCCCCAUCCUUCCCUUUCCCUUAGAAUGCAAAACAAAGAUCUAGAUAUUUGCUAUAAAAACAACAACUGGAAAAUAAAGCAUUUUGUAAACUAUGAUUUAAGAACGA